AUGGAGAUAGUGGGACUGGAAGAUAUACCGAAACAACAAGGGUAUGAGUCAGAAGAUGAAGACAUUCCUGUUGAUCCUGAAUUACUCCCCAAGAAUUCUUUAAUGAGUUUAUUAUCAGGAAAUCAAACCAAAAAUAAAAAACAAAAAUCCCCAACUAAAUCGAAAAUACGAGAGAAAGAUAAUGACAAUAAAUAUAUUCAAAUGAUUAAUGAUAAUGAAAAUAUUAAUAAACUAGAAUCAAAAUUUUAUCGUUUGGGUAAAACAACUAGUUCGAAAGAUAUUUUGAAGACACGUAAAAAGUCAGACCCAGUACAACUUCCAUCGACUCCUCCAAAAUUAAAUCAUAUUGAUCCGGCACAUCUUUCUGAUAAUGAGUCGGAUGUAGCUGAUACCACACUAGAUAUAGAAGCAAAGAUAUAUGGGAAUAAGAAAUCAACAAGUGUUAAGGAUCUAUUUUCAAAUUUCAAACCUAAACAUGUAGUAACUUUAAAGAUUCCACCAGAUAUGUUAAGGAAAUGUUCAUCAGAUAUACUGGAAGAUGAACAUGAAGAUACAGAGAUUAUAGAGUCUAAGAUAUUUGCCAAUGCAAAAAGUGUUAAUGUUCAAGAUAUGUUCAAGCAAAUGAAGCCACAGCCAAAUAAAUUUGUAAGACUUAAAAUGAGUCCGGAUAUUUUACUAAGAUAUAGUUCUGAAGCUGAAGAUGAAAUAGAGGAAAUGAAUACUUCAGAUAUAGAAAGAAAGAUUUUUGAAUCGAAACCAAAAUCAAGUGUUUUAAGCAUUCUUGGUCUGAAACAACCGGUUGUUAAGUCUACUACUAAAAAAUCAAAAUUAACAACUGCCACCAAAGCUAAAGAGACAUUUUUUGUUACACUUAGAGUAAACCCAACAGAACUAACCAAAAUCAAACAAUACGAUAAUCCGUUAAUUACAAGAGGGGUUAAGACUAGUGGUGGUGGUGGUGGUGGUAAAUCAAGUAAGUCAUUUUUUGCAAGUAUGAUGCAAGCAAGUAAAGCUGCUACAAAAUUAGAACAUAUUCAACAAGAAAAGGAAAUCAAACCACCAGAAGAUUUGAAAAAAUGGCAAUUUCACAUUUACGACAAAAUGGAUAAUGACAUUCCAAGACAACUUAAUUUAAAGAGACGAGAAAGGAAGUUUGAUGUUGAUGUGGGAGGACAGUUUAGUUUAUGUCCCGACAUGUUGUCAUGUAAAAAUUCGAAACAAUACAAAUAUGAAACUAAACCGUUAUCAGAUCUACAGGAAUAUGCGAUGUUCAGACUACCCAAGUUACAAAAAGCACCAGCUUUACAGUUUGCAUUUAACAAAAUUGGUCAGAAUUCAGGAACUGAACUAUGGGUGGAUUUUUUCAAACCGCAACAGGUGAAUGAUUUAUUGAUGCAUAAGGAGAACAAAACACAGAUAUAUAACUGGAUUUCUAACUCCUUUGCCAAACUUGAAAAUCAGGCACCAUUGAAGGAUAUGAAACAAAAGAUCAAACAAAGAAGACUUCAACAACUACAGGAUCCGUUUGUGGUAUAUGAUAAUGAAGGUGAAGAAACCGAUGAGGAAGUAUUCUCUCCGUUUUUGAUUAUUCAAGGAUCUUGUGGAUCAGGAAAAUCUAGUGCUGUUCACACGGUAAUGAAUCAAUUACAAGGAUAUGUUCAUGAAAUCAACACAGGACAAAAUCGAGGUAGAAAAGAUAUUUACAAUAAUUUAAAAGAACUAUGUACUACUCAAUCCGUUAAAGACACCUCUGAGUUUCAUAAUGGAUUGGUAUUACUUGAAGAUAUAAAUAUAUUAUUUGAACAGGACAAGACAUUCUGGCAAGUUGUUCAAGAGAUUGUGAACAUUUCAAAAAGACCAAUUAUUUUAACUUGUGAAGAGUUAUGGAAUAUACCAAAAAGUUUAAUUGAAUUUGCUCAACAUGAUAAUUCAAUGGUAUUUAUGGAUGAUUAUACUGUGCUGAAAAAAUUAGUUGUUGAUUAUUUGUGGAUAUGUUGUUUGGUGCACCAUUGUGAUGUUGAAUUUCAAAUUUUAGAUGAUAUUGUAGAUGAGAAUUGGAAUGGUCAUAACUUUGAUAUAAGAGGAAGUUUAAUGCAAUGUCAAAUAUUAUGUGAAUCAUCAAAAACUGAUAGUAUAACCGUGAUCAAAAGACCUCCAUCAGUUGAAAGACCAGAAGUUACCAACUUAGCUGAUUUGAUGGAUCAACUCGAAAUGAGUUCCUCGGCGGAUGUUUUACAAUCAUUAUCAAAGUCACAAUUUAAGUUUACUAGACAGGAAAAUGAACUUGAUGAUAUAUAUUGGAUUGAUGAAUUUAAGCAAACCACAUUACCUUAUGAGUUGAACAUUGGAGAUGUUUUGCAAUCACAAUUUAAACAGCUUGAUAAAUCUAUUCCAGAAGUUAAAUUCUUAAUGAAUGAUUUACGUCAUGAAACAAAAACAUUCCUUGGAUCGAGGGCAAAAUUCUUCCUGAAUAUAAGUUUAAAGAGAACUCGAACUGGAGGAGGAUCAUUUUCAAUGUUGGAUACUGUUGGUGUUCCUGAUACUUCUUGUUUAAAUCAUGUGAGUAAUACUUCAUUUAUUCUUGAUAUCUUACCUAUGGCAAGACAUUGGACUAGAUUCCAAAAAUCAAUUGAUCAAUUUGAAAAUGAUUCAUUAGAACAAGGUAAACCAAGUAUUAAACAAUUUUUAAAAUAUCGUGACUUUAAUUAUGAAUCUACAUUAGAAGCAACUAUAAAUUUCAAUUAA